AUGUGCCUGUGCUGUACGGAGGACGAAGCCAUCCAAGUCAGCGCCGAAGGGCCAAGAUGGCAACAUCCUUCCGACGUCACUGCAAGGCAGUCCAGAGAUAAACGUAUUGAGAAUAUGAAAAACCUAAGGAAAGAGAAGAGGAAAUUUAAUAAACGGUUUGCAAGACCUGCUCCUCUUCCAGAACCAGGACUCCUGCUUGACAAAGUGGUCAUUGAGAGCAAUGCCAGCCCCAGCAUCAAAGAUGGAAGAGUGAGUGUCACUGUUAAAGUUGCAGGAGACAACCUGGUCAGUGUAGCCCAGAGUGCCAUUGAGGGGGCCCUCUGA